AAAAAAUUUUUUUGCCGAGAUGCAUCUCGCCGAGCUGUGAAUGUGUGGGCACCAGUUGAGAGCAGGUAAACCAGUUUGGACAUUUGGGCCGAAGAACGUAAACCUUCUCUGGCUGCGGUCGCUUUCACCCCGAGCACGGUCCACUAGGAAGUGGUGCUCUCCCACAGUCCGAACAUUGAGUCCGGAGCCUCUACUUUAAGUAUCCCGUUGCUCCUCGAAGUUCGCCAGAGCAAAUAAGGUUGUGCAAGCAAUGCCUCCAGUCGCAAAAGCAAAGGGCCUUCAGUCUGAACCAUUUGGAAUGGAGUCAACUAUAAUAGAAAAGGAUGGUGAUCUUCAUAUCAAAAGGUCUCCUUCAUCACCCCAAGGUGGGCCCAAGAAAAGAUCAGCUUUUGAAGACCUCACAAAUGCAAAGCAAAGUCAAGCACAAGUCCUCGUUUCAAAGAGAAAAGGUGGCAAGGUGGUGAGUAAGAAAACUCAGAAAAAUUCUGCUGGGCAAGAAGCAUCAAAAAAAGAUGAGAAUAUAAAAAGUGCAGGACCCAAAGCCCCUCAGGAGCAUCUUGACAAUGCAAAGGAGAUGAAACCCACGACACCAGAAGCACCCGAGGAAAAAUCAGAUGUUGUGGAUGAGUCAGCAGAUGUGCAGCCUCCUCUCUUUGAUGACGUUGAUGAGGAGAAUCUGAGGGAUCCAUUCCUGAACGCAAUCUACGCAAAGGAUAUUUUUGACUAUAUGAAGGACCGGGAGGAGAAAUUUGUUCUGAAAGGCUACAUGGAAAAGCAACCUGACCUGAAUAUUGAAAUGAGGGCAAUCUUGGUGGACUGGAUGGUCGAAGUACAGGAGAAUUUUGAGUUGAAUCAUGAGACUCUGUACCUGGCGGUGAAGCUGGUGGACCAUUUCUUGGCAAAGGCUGUGUGCAUGAGGGAAACGCUGCAGCUGCUCGGCUCCACUGCAAUCCUUAUUGCUGCAAAGUUUGAUGAGCGGUGCCCUCCCUGUGUCGAUGAUUUCCUGUACAUUUGUGAUGAUGCAUACCAAAGAGAAGAACUGCUGUCAAUGGAAGUGAACAUUCUCCGGACGCUAAAGUUUGACAUCAAUGUUCCAGUGGCCUAUCGGUUCUUGAGGAGAUAUGCAAAGUGUGCCAGAGCCAACCUUGAGACACUGACUCUUGCCCGCUAUAUCUGUGAGCUAACUCUGCAGGAAUACGAGUUUAUCUGGGAAAGUGCCUCGAAAUUGGCUGCAUCUUGCCUGUUAUUGGCCCUCAAAAUGAAAGAUCUUGGAGGAUGGACUCCGACCCUGCAAUAUUACACUGGAUACCAGGUCACUGAUCUGCACUCGCUGAUGAGGAGACUGAACCUUUUGCUUUACAGCAAGCCAGACGAAAGGCUGAAAGCCGUGCGGUACAAGUAUGCUCACAAAGUGUUCUUUGAAGUAGCAAAAAUUCCACCUUUGGAUGUUCUGAAGCUUGAAGAACAACUGAAAUCAAACACCAUCUGAAACAGAUUCUGGCUAUCGGAGGAAAUAGUAUUUCACUAUUUCGCACUUGUGUGGGUGGGUUGUUGUGUAUGUUGGUGUAAAUACUUGUGUUUGCCUAAUAUUUCUUCACCAUAAUUAUUUCUGCCUAGCAGAGAUGUGUAAUUAUUCAAAGAUGCUCUUUCAAAUGCAGCAAACAUUGAAAUGCAAUAUCUCAAUUCUAAAGUAAGAGUAAAGUUGGCCACAGUAAAUUGUUGUGGGAGGAGGAGGAGGUUGUAAAUAUUUUGAAAUCUUGUAUGGCGAAUACACCAUAAACAGCAGCUAUACAUAGUAUUUUUAACUAAAAGAUCAGAACCAGGAAUAAGUAACCAUAAAUGCACCAUAAGACUCUUGAUUUCCUUAAAACUUUUGUUUCAAAUUUUCAAAAAGUAAUUUAUUCCUAAAUUUGUAAAUUUAAAAAGGACCAAAAUAUAAUUGAAAAAAAAGGUUGUCUUGUUAAAAUAAGCCAAUGGGGAACCAGUGCUUUUUAAUAGGAAUCCCCAGUAAUGUUCUUAAAAGUUUGUUAUGUAAUUUUUCUAAUAUUGUAGUGAAAGCCAAAAUCCAAUUCCCUAUGUAGCCCCAAUCUCCCAAUUCUUUACUUAGGGGAAAAAAAAAACUAAAGUUGAGUUUGAUUUGAGAGAAAGUGCUGGAGAUUGACACAAGCUAAUCUGAUCCCAUUUUAAUUUCAGAUUUUCUGUUUCCUCCUCUCUGCAGUUGUAUAAGUAGCUUUAUUGCUGCUUGAUACAAACCAGUAGUUCCACCAUCCUAUGGAAUAGACCCAAGAGUAAUUUGUUGGCCAUGCUUUCCUUUUUUAUUUAAAAUGUGCAUGAUAUUUGCUGAAAUGUCAUUAUUUUGGUAAGAAAAAAAUAUUUCACUACUACUUGGUUGGUGUGGGAGGAGGGAGAAAGUAUCGAUAACUCUGAUUAUUGGUUAUUUUUUAAGCUCACAGUUAUAAACGAAGGAUUGUUUUAGAAGCCACUGCUAUUGUUGUAGGAAAUCGAUUUUGAGUAUGGCUUUUCAAUGUCGCUGCUAAUUGUACCAAUUGCAAUAAUCUUUCACUUAUUAUAUGAUGUGUAUUUUGAAACUAUUUAAUUGUACUAUGGAAGCUAUUUGUGAAGUAUUUAAAUGUUUUAAGCAUUCUGUUAGAGCAAAAAAAGUGUAUAUUGUAUAUGGUUCAGUGUCUGUUGGAUUCCCACCUUCAAACAACCCUGUCUAUUUUCAUGUCUAGGUAUGUCUAAUUUCCCUUGUAAAAUAUAUUAAAUGUAAUAUCUUGUGUAUAUUUUACUUUGAAUAAACUUCAGUUUCUGUCAAUGGUGUAAAACAAUGGUCAUGUUCAUCAAAACUGAUCUAUUAACCCAGAAAAAUUAUUUAAGCAGAAUAUUUAAAGAUGCAUUUAUAAUUAAAGUAUAUAUACAAUAACCAGAGAUGAAAGCAAAUGUAGCCUGAAUGAAUUGUCCAUGCAUAAAGACCUAUUUGCUAAGUAAUCUCAAGGUUGUAUAUAAUAUAAUGUUAGAUAUUUUGACUGGCAAGGUUUUUUUUAGUACAUGCGGUUAUGAAAUUUAUACACAUCACAUUGAAGUAAGUAUUCUAGAUUGAACAAUCU